AGCAGGUUAGAAUGUGACAAUGAGCGUCAAGAAGUGAGAGUUUGGCAUUCAUAAAAUGACGAUGUUACGUCGGGUCUGUUUGUUGUUCAAUUUGGGAUCGGCACAGCCAUAUGUGAUAAAUAUCGUCGUAGAUGGAUAACUCGAUUCCAGCAGAUGUAGGGGAAGUAACUGUUGGCCUAUCACCAUUAAUAACGUUUAUAAUAUUAGUGACCGGCGUUAUUGGCGGUAUUAUAAUCGUAUUGUGUGUCAUCAUAUUCUGUAAAUAUUGUAUAAAAACCAAAAGAUAUCCACCAAGAUAUUCAGCAUUUGAAAGAGACCAACCAUUCGAUCGAAGAUUCCCCCCACUUCAGAGAUACGAAACUAUCAACUCCGACGUUUUCUCAGAUCACAGCAGUGCUUCGUUAGACGGGCCACCAGUUAGUCCAAGAAGAUACACAGAACAAAGAAACAAUUUUUCUUGUGAAAAGGGUCAAGAUAAAGUUUCGUUAGUUGAUGAAAUUCCAGAAUCGUUAAAACACUGUUCAGAAUAUGAAAAGGGGCCUCUAAAAGACAGAACAUCCGAACAAGAAGGCGGUUCUCCUGUUUCGUUUUCAGAAGAAGGUCAGAGUCAUAAUGGCGCGCGUAGAGUAUCCUUUCAACUUCAAAACCUCCCUCCACAAACACAAUCUAAUCCAAAUCAUCCUCUUAGAAAAUUUAGAAGGUAUACAGAGGGAGAUUUUCAUCACCUGAAACGUUCUAAAAUAGCUAAAGUCUCCAUUCCUCGUCAAUAUUCCCUGGGUACUCCCGCAUUAAACGGUUCUUUUAAUGGAAUAGAAUCGUGCAUAAAUAAAGGUUUACCCGAACGACAUCGGCAUUCCUUGUCAGUCAUUGCCAGAGACCCGCCUACUCCCACACACGUCACACAGGGGUCGCCAUUACUCAUAAACAAACCAAUCAAAACGCAAGUUUCUGUGGAAAUUCAUCAGUAUUCGCCUAAGUUAGGAGAAUAUAGAGGGGACUUGUACGAAAUAAGACGAGAAUUUCGACCGAUGCCGCCUCACAAUUUACGGCGAACUAUCGUUGGACAGAAGCCGCCAUAUUCCCAUAGCCUAGAAACCGUAAGCCCAACUCAAAAUAAACUUUAUCGAGAAACUAGAAAGGUUAAAAGUUAUGAAGACGUCGCGGAUUAUGACGUUCUCAAAAUCACUGAGUUCUCCAAGGGCUCGGUGUAUAGUGCUGACUAUGACGUCAUAUCGGAACGUGAUUCGCCAUUCUUUUGUAAAGUGAGAUACAACGAUACCGGAAGUUUAGAGAAAUUAAACGAAGAACAUAUAGAAUAUCUCGGUGACCUAGAUUUAGAAGGCGUCAUGCCGGACGAAAGUGACGAUACAGAAACGUUAAACGGGACACAAAAAUAUCGUGAAUUGUGGAGUUUGCGAACAACACUAGAGGAAGAAGAAGAAUGCAGUGACACAAUUCGAAUGGAAAAUAUGACGUCACCGGAGGAAUCCCCAGACCGCGAUCAUGCGACUCCUUAUACUACGUCAUUUGAAUCCAAUACAGAGCCGCCUAGUGACACGGGUGUAAGUGAUCAGUUAGAUAGUGGGAUCCAGUGGGAAAGAUCCAACAAGGGCGUAAAUAACUUACUUCAUCCGCCGAAUCAAGAAAAUAGGAGGCAGAAUUAUAGAAAUAUUCUAACCCGUCGAUUGCAAAAAGCCGGUCCCAAUCAAACAAGCGGUGAAAAUAGUUUUGAUAGUGUUGAAACGGACGGUGAAAUAUCGGAUACAAGUCGAUACGAGGUGACUACGACGUCAUUUGAAUCAACGACGGACAAUACGGACAGUACUACGGAAAGUCAACAUCGACUGCAACAAAUGAAAGCUGACAGCGGAUACAAAUCGCUAGAAACUCAACAAUCUACUAAAGAUUCCGUAGAUGGCGAAAAAAAGACGUCGCCUCCCAACGGUUCAAUGAAUCGCAGUUCUCCACCACGUGACGCCGUGGACGAAUCUGCUCAGAAGUCAGUCGGAAAACGUAAUGGAAAUCCCAAUCAUUUUGAUCGUCGUAAUGUUCGGACUGCUUCAAAAAAGAGGCGAGAAUACAGUCGACAAGCCGUGCGUGUUUACGAAUCUAUUAAUGAACCGGAAACAGAUUCGCGUUCCGAUCUGCCCUCUGGUGACAGUUUUGAAGAUAAUACAGCCCCCAGUAAAAUGUUUGUGUUCAGUAGAUUUUUUAAAUCCCAUUCUAGGGGAUCACGUGAUCGGUAUUUAACGCGAGAUUAUAGUAUAGACGAGAAAACGAACAGAAUAUUUAACGAUUUUAUUCGCACAGAGCCUCCACGUGAGCCAUGCACAAGACUUGGUGUACGCAAGUCGCCUCGACUUCAUAACAGACAUCGGUUACACCGGAAACACACAGACCCCUUGUUUGGUCAGGAUAGAAGACGUGAUCGUUUGGCACCGGAAACGCGUAGUACAAGUUUGGGAAGUGACAGUAGUGCGAGUUCGGUUCGUCGAUUGUCACCACAAGAUAGCAUAGAAGAGGAGGAAUUCGAGGGCGAAGAGGAGGAGCGACGAGUCACGUGGGGUGAUGAGAGUGCGCGACCACGUGCUGUCGUCUCACAACCUGCCGCCAUUCACCCAAUACCUAUCAUCAAAUUACCAGAAGAAGAGUCAGGCGAUUCUUAGCAACCUUGACAUCAAGACGACAAAAACCAAUUCGUCAUACUUUCUAACGAUGGCCCUGCAACGCCUAAGGCAUUUUUAAUGUUAUUCGGACAGAUACGUGAUGCUCUUGAUUGUUGCCUAAUAGCGACACAUCAUCAAGGGAUAUUUACACUACAAAAGCAUGUCUGAACAGCCUUAAAACUUACUUAGGUACGACCUAAAAACCAUUAUAUUGUAUCUAGGCCUUAACAGGACCGUCUAAUAACCUCAAUCCUCUCCCGGUGUCCACUAUUACUCAUGCGAAAAGCGGAUGGGGAUUAUGAAAUUAUCUCGUUAUCCAUUGUUUUCGAUUGUCAUAAAUCAAAUGAAAUUCGGCUUUGGUCUAAUUUUAAGUCACUAGUAUGAUCGAUAAUUUGUUUGAUAAUGGGUUCAUUUCAUACCCCCCCCCCCCCCCCACACACACACACAACGACCAUUGGCUUAUUGCAUAGCGGCGGACAUAAUUCUAACGCAAGACUAUUAAUCGAUGCAACGAUGUCGUGGUUCGAACGAUCCGAUCGUGCUGUUCGAUUUACCAGUUGCGUUCGAUCUUUCUUGUAUAUGAUAGUAUACAAAAUAAAAUGAAAUGGAGUUUAACGUCCUUCUGGGCUAAUGACGAUGGGCAUACGCCAUACAGUGUGCUAUGCAGGAAAUUUUGCCCGGGCAAUGGUUCGUUUACAUCAUGCAAAUGUGUACACGGGACCUCGGUUCCAUCGGAACGACUGUACGUUCGCGAUAGCACAAAAUUCCAGGUUUAAUUGCGAUUCCACGCAGCGGUUGUGGGUCGAAUUUAUGCUGAAGCCGACAUUAUGAGAUCAAAUUAAUACCCAGUUCAAUUUAAUUUUCAACAUAAUUCGAAAUAUUAUACACCAAGCCAACCUCUGUCAUCAAAUUGUUUUGAUAUUCCUGACUUAGAAUUUGACAAAAUGAAAUGGGAGUUGAACAUCCUACUUUUCGUUACCAGCUUGGUUGGAUAAUGAAGACGUCAUAUGCCAUGCGUUGUUCUGUAAUGGCAAUUUUAAUCGAAUUUUAAAUGGAGAGAGGUUUAAAUAGACUAAGCCUGUUCCACAAUCCCAUUCAGAUAUCCUGUAUAAAAAUAUUGUUUCAUAAAAUAAGAUUUCUAACUGUCAAGGUAAUUUCGACAAGGUGGUGAGAGUGCUUCUAAAAAUAGAUUUAAAGUCACUGUCGACAUCGCAUUGCCCACCUGCUUGUUGUUGCAUUAUAUUUAUCAGGAAGUUGUGAUACAGCCAUUGGGAGGGGGGGGGGCUAGUGGUCUAGAGUGCCGCGAUUCGACCUCUAGCUUGCCGGUCACCUCUGGCUUAUGGUUGUUGUUUCGGUCACUGGUGUGCGCGUAUGUGGCUUGGAGAUGGGGGCGCCUUCUCAACCUCAUGGGUUUACUCCACUUGUCUGCGAUAUCACUUUCUGUUGAAGCGGACGUUAAACACUAACAACAACAACGAUACAGCCAUUAAAACUUCGAUACUUAAAAUCUUAAAAUGUAUCUGUUAUUAAAUGUAACUUUAAGAGAUAGGCAAUUCUGAAUGUCAGAUGACCCCCACACAUUUUAACAUUAAGAUUAAUUAAUUUUCCUGUCGAUUAGAAAAUAAAUUAAAGUACCCCAUUACCAUGCAAUCUGCUAAAUUAUGAAUCAAGCGGACGACAAGUAAUAAGUGAUGUGUACUUCACACCUCAAAGCUGUCGAGUGUGUUUUUAACAGAGUUGGACUACUUUAUGAGGAACACACAAUAAGCGAUUGCCGAGUGUAUUUUCUAUCAAAAUAAUAAAACACGUUUGACGUCAAAUGCGUUGAAAACCCAACAGUUCGCCCACUCUUCAAUUCCAAACGUAAACUUCCUGAUGACAUAGAGUCAAACAAAACAAAUCCCUUGAAAAUUUACCAAAAUUAAAAAAGCGAAAGAGAUAAUAAAAUUAUAUAUAUUAUAUAGCUAUAUGUAUACACAUAAAAAAGUUUCUUUGAAUUACUCCCAGAGAAAUAUAUAUAAAAUUACGUUGAAAAAAGAAAUAAACACAUGUUUAUGGCUAACGUUUUCAGUUCUCUUGAACCUCUUCAGGCCAUAUUGAUAUUAUUUAAUGUAAUAUAUAAGACAAGUGUGUAUAUAUAACUGCUCUUUUAUUGUUAACAAAGAAUGCGCAUUAAAGGCCUGGUGAUGUUCCGAUGAAACUUAAAGCGCUAGCCGAAUAAUACUAAGUUUCUCCCUCAACAUUUUAAUUUAUACAGUGUUCAAAAUCACGUUGGUUUGAUUGCUGUAUUACAUGUCUUUAUCUCUUUUAUUCUUUUUAUAGUUCGCGUGAAUUCAAUCGGAAUAAAUACAGAAGCCUAUUUCGUUUCGUUUUCAUACCUUCGAAUAUAUCCCAUCCUCGCCCACUAGAAAUAAAAAUGUUUAAAAGUAUGGAAUUAAAAAUAGAAUGAAACGAAAUAGCUUCUGUAUUUAUUGAACGUAUUCAAUUACAAAUCUGAAGGCAUAUCCAAAGAACAAUAUGCAUCUUUCAGCAUAUUAUUAACAAAUUGCAUGUUUUGUUUCAAAGUGUAAUAGGAAGAUUUUUCUUAAGUAAAAGUAAGGCAUAUAUUUUCAUUCAUGGGAUAAGCGUCUCAGUUGUAGAUGCUGAUUUCUGAAAGUAAAUGAUUUUUUUAUUGUGUAUUCGGGUUAUUUUUCUGUCACACGCACAUUGUCAAAAUUCUUAAAGGUGCUGAUCGUCAUUUGCAUUUUUCGGACAGUGUCUGUUUUUUUUAAGGUUUUAUUUUCCCAAUGUUGUGACAUCAGCUUUCCUUUAAGUUCAAUCGCUAUUUAAAUGUAAAAUAGUAUUUAUAACGAGAAUGUGUCUGAACAGAAACUGUGGAUCUGUUGUGAAAUAUUAAUAUGCUGAAGUGGGCGAUCAUAGUAGCGACGAGUCUUAAAUGCUCAAUUUAUUACCCACGAAGAUUCUUCCAAAUAUGUUCGCCUUAACCUUCUAUCAUCUUUAACUUGUAUUGUUUUGUAAAUUUUGACUGUUUCUAAAACCAAUGUUAGAGUUCUAUUAAUGUUAAUGUAAAUAUUCGUGUUCUAUUUCGCCUUGGAGGUGUAAAUUUUUCCUUUUUUGACUUUCCAAGAAUCUUUAUGUAGUAAACUGAGCGCAAGUUAAAAAGUACUAUUAUAGUAUUAUGAACCAGGAACCGGAUAUGGCGUCAUCGCAGCCAUCUUGGAAUUGAGACGCCCGUUUCAUGAAUUGUAGUUGUCUCAAGAACAAACAUGCCUUGGGCCUUUUUGAAGAGCGUUGCUAAGGGAACAUCGCCAAAUGUAGAUUACCAAGUGUAUACAAUCAGUUUCCGGUUCACAAAUACCUUAAAGUGGCCAUAUUGUUCUAAAUAAACUUCAAUCAUCGCGAUCUUACUGUAUUUUACAAGCCGCCAUAUUUCACAAAUACAAGUUCUUGUAUUAGCUAGCAACCAAAGUGAUGUUUAUUUACAGUCCCUGAAGUUAUCGAGAGAUAAACAACGAAUUUACAUGCUAGGGUUGCUGCUAACAAAUUCAAAAAUUGUCAUGACUAAUGGCACGAUGAUGGCUUUUAACUUCUCUUAUUGCUACUUUAAUUUGAAUCCUAAAUCGCUAUGGAUGCUGACAUUAUUGUCAUCGUGGGUUUUUGGGAUACAAAUUACUCCCCUGAAAUACCAUAUUGUUGUAUUUCUAAUGAACAUGAAAACUAUACUCUCAUAUUGAGAAUUAUUUUUUAUUAUGCUAAUUCUAAGCCUCUCCUGCUCACAUAUUUGAAAAUUGCUGCUUAAAUAAAACACUGACGGUCCUGACCCAAUUGGAACAACAUGUAGAUGAAACAAAAAUGGCGUCUAUUUUAAAACCAUUUUAAUUAUUUUUUUUUUCAAAUCAAUUAUAUAAUGGAUAUUAUCUUUAACCUGUCUAUAAUAGUUAAAGAUGCAUUAUGUAAGAGUUAAAUCGGCCUAUUGCAGGCAUUUUUGGACUUAAAAUGUUAUAUGAAUUAUUAUAUAGACAUUUAUUCACAUUGCAAACCCAUAAUCAACCCUCUAUACUAUCGGAUGGAUGAGAUAUUAAGUGGAUUAGGAAAUAUUUGCCAUAUCUUCGUUAAACGUUAAAAUAGAAAAUUUAGAAUCGAGACUAUUUACACUUUUUCUUGCCAAAACUUCAAUAUUCAUAACUUCGCUCAGAAAAAGAGUUCUAGCUUGGACUGACAUUUUCAAUAUAUUCAUUUAUCAUUAUCAGUGUCUUAAGCUUACAUAAUGCAUCUUAAACAUUUUUUUUUUUUUUUGUUAUCCGUGUAAAUUUUGUUAUUGUUAACAUUUCGAUAUUUUACGAAAAAAAAGGAAAAAUACUGUAGAUAUAUAUGUAAUUCGUGUUCUGUCGUUUAUCAUGUGACAUCACCAAUUAACACGUGCAUUGAUAAUUUAUACCAUGCAGGUGCACAUUUUCUGUGAUUUAAAAUUAAUGUAUUUUAAAGAUUGAUAUUGUGUUCGGCACAUUACACUAUUUUUCUAUCGUUUUAUCCAUAAUAUUAUUUAUUAUUAAUAUUAUCAAUAUUAUUGUUGUUAUAACCUGAUAUCUGUCAACAUUUCAUUUAUAAAAGUCCCUGAUCGGAUCGACAUUUCCAAUGUUCGUAUUUUUCGGAUAAUAUCUAAUUUUUCACGACUUAAGUGUAAUCAAAUAAGGAAAAGAAACUCAAAAUUUAAUAUCAAGGGUAGAUAAUCUUCCGGUUUGGUAUCAAUAGGAUUAUAAAGAGACUCUUCAAUAGAUUUCAGUGAAAAUCAUAGAUUUCGAUAGUUUAUGUUGACUGUCAAUCUGAUUAAAACACAGAUCUUAUUUCGUUUCAUUUAUAUAGUUCAAAAUUUCGUUUUACUUGUCUUUACUACACUGGGAUCUGGAAGAGUUGUUAUCAUUGACGUGUUCUGAAUGAUGUGAGCUAUUAGCCAAUGAAACAGUAUGUUACGGCGAGAGCUUUAGGCGUGUUUUGCACGGAACUGUGGGUAAUCCACUAGUAACAUCAAUGCUGAUUGGUUAAUCAAUGUCUGACGUCAUAGGGUCAAAAGCCGCUCGUAUGACCUCUGACGCGACUAUCGCUACAACUUGUCAGAUCUUCAUGUAGUGUAGGCCAUCAAAAGUAUAAAAAACGAAACGAAAUAUAGAUCUGUAUUUUAAUCAGAUUGAUAGACUGUACCAUAAUAUCAUCUGUAAUGGAUGCCGAAUGUUAACAAAUACUGAUAGGAAUCAGACCAUUUUUGGACUGGUAUUCCUUCUAGGUACAAUUUGUUAAAUACAAUAAUGGAAGAAAAGUACAUUGGGACACCGAUCCUUUGACACGCUAGUAUUAUUUAUAUGAUAUUUUAUUGUAAUUAUAAUUUAAUUCUAUUUUUAUCUGAAAUCUAUCUUUGUAUAUUUUCAUUGUAUGUUUUGACUCCAGACCAAAAACUGUUACUUUUUUGUUAUUUCUUGACCUUCCCCCUUUACACCAUGACCCCAACCAAAAUAAAGCCUGUUUUAUAUAAAG